UAUAAACUUGAGUGUUUCAGGUAAUGGCUCCUAGUAUUUUUCUGUGAUCACACUUGUGAUCUGAAAUCGGCAUAGGUGGGAACGCAAAAUAGAUGCUGGGAGAAUGCCUUUUCUCGAGUUGCAUUUAAAAAAACUUAUGUCAAUCGUACAACACUAACAGCAUAGCGACUCUAAAAGAAUUAGAAGAAACGAAAAAAUUGAUAAAUAAUGUUCACUUUCGUGAGCAAUCUGUCAGGCAUCCUUCAGUAUUAAUAAUAGUGGAGGUUUCCUUCCGAGGAGAAACCUUCAAGAAUUGUCAAGAUAAUGGUUACCCUGUGGCGAUGCCUUGGUGUUUGCAUUAGGAAGACUGGUAACGAAGAGAUAGAUGAUUACCACCUCAAAGCAAGAACUGAUGGCAUGAAACAAUUCAAUAUUUUAGGUCUUAUCUUAGGUCUAAUUAAAAAAGGCCUUUAGAACUAGUUUUUGCUAGAGUACAAACACUAAAGAUUUGCAACAUCAAUAGUACUAAAUACUGUGAAAUUGUGCUAAUUCUAUUGUUUUCUAUUAUGUAAUUAGUGCUAUUUAGUUCUAAAUAGUGCAAAGUAUUGCACGCUUUUAAUGUUUGUACUCCAUCUACCUGAUCUAACGAUCUAUUAUUAUUGUACCCUAGGCCAAUUAACGAAAAAGCUUUCAAUAAAUAGGUGCAUGGUUAGUUAUUCGCAAUUACUGUAUUUCUUAAUUGGUGCCUCAAGGACUGAGGUAUGAGUUAGAUUGGACUUUCACACGAAAUAUGACAUAAUAUUAACAAGAAAUGAACUAUUUUAAAACGGAUUUCAUUUUUUUCUAGCAUAUAUUAAAAAAUUUCUUAGCAAGAUAUGAUCUAUGAUAAAAUUCUUAACACUAUUUUUAAAAAAACUCCGUCACAAACACGACCCAUGCGGAAAUUGCUUAAAAUUCCUGAUCCGUGACAUCAUCGUUAGCCAUCCUAACCUAGACGUCACAGGUCGCACGUAAAUCCAAAAAAAUCUUACCUAACAUUGUUUUAUUUUUUAUUUUUAUGUGACAAUUUAAUCCACAAUUCUAGUUAACUAAUUUAAUAGCAUUACUUAUGUCUUAAAACCUUUUUAUGAUAUUAUGCAUACACUCAGCCUUAAGCAAGCAAGUGAGCCAUGCAGUUAAUAAAUAAUCAGUCAAUGACACUUUAACAGAAGAAAUGGGUGCUCUUUUAUUUUUACUGUCAAGAAAUGAUAAAUUAUGAUAUUUGUUUAAGAGAAUCAAGAAGGUUCUCUUAACGCAGAAAUUUAUUUUAAGUCAUGAAAGAAUGUGCUUGAUUAUGCGACUAAGAUGACGUAUGUUUAUUGCCCGAUCUUAUUUUUUGAUGUUUUACUCCGAUUCUCUCUCUCGUUCUUUGGAAAAUAACCUUUGCUAUAACUUCAUUGUGAAGGUACCACGAAGCAAAGCCUACGGUUUGAAAAUCAGGGUCAAUUGCAACGAAAUUGUUUAAAUGAAAUCUAUGAAUUGGAAAACAAAAUGACUGCCAUGAAAUUCUUUAUAGUUGCUUCGAUUGUUUAUGGACUUGUUUCUUCAGCAAUUGCUUGGGAUUUUAUUAUAGAGCGUAACUCAACAAAUAAGUUGACCAAUAGUGUAGUCGAUUCUAUCGAUAAGUUUAACAUUUCUGAGUGCUCCAGUAGUGAUGAUGCUUGUACAAAGUUUCGUGGUCAAAAACUAGUGGACAGAUGUCAAUGUGUUUGCAAUCAGGGCAAGAGCACGUUUGGUUUUUAUAACAACCAAUGGGGAUGUACUGACAACUCGAUUGUGCAGCAGCAUGCAGCUUGCGAAUAUACUUUAGAACGUCCAGGUAGCAAGGGAGACCAUGAUCCAUUAUUAACACUACCAAUUCUAGGACCUCACAACGACAAUAACUAUGUAGGGAAUAUCCCUUCUGAUAAAAGCUGUAAAGUCAUAGCAGCAAAUGCAACAUUUCUGGAAUGUGAUGGUUCCUGGGUCAAGUUGAUUGGGUCCAAUCUGAAAAGCAAGCUGGCCUUUCAAUAUAAUAAAACAGGAACUGUGUACGUUGGACCGUACCAGCCAUCGUCAGCAGCAGAUCCUUCUCUCGAUGGUCGAGUCAUCAAGAUUGCUAUCAAGUGUGAAGGUCUGACAUGGACCCCAUCGCAAUGUGUUACCUUCAAAAUCAAAGGACAACUUACAUGUACGUAUUCGUCAGGUUCUCCAAGAAAUAAUCCACCAAUUAAUCCAAAUGAACCGACUGCAACACCGCCCCCUAGUACCACGACCGUAACAAACGGUACAGGAAUUAAUAUCAAGAAAUCCCAAAGUGACGAUACAACACCCGCUGCAGCAUUGAUCGCAGGCUCAGUAGUUGGUGGAAUUGCUUUCGUCAUGCUUAUCGUAGUCAUCGUAGUAUUGAUAAUUUACUGGAAACGACGAAAAGCUAAAGCAAAAGAGAAGAGUGUACGCCGUGCCCAAGGAAACCUUGCGUAUGAGCAAGGUCCUGACCCUUUCAUACCACUAACAAGACCCACAAGCUUUCGACCUUUACCUCAACCACCACCUAAUUUAACGUAUGAUUACUUGGAAAGAGGUUCUUCGACGAUUCAAAGACCUAAUAGUGUCAUCCCAGUGUCACCUGGACCAGGAGCUUAUGAUCAUUGCAACGGUGAGCCGCUGUAUGGUGAAAUUGACGAGACUUAUAGUACACUAAACCAUCAACCAUUACCACCAACCCGAUCCAUAAACAGUGACUUCAGGUUUACUAAUGUCCCAGCUUCUGGCUUUUCGCCCGAGGCCACCAACAAAUCGAGUACUUUGAUAAGCAGCGACGGCUCUGGUUCCGGGAUAGGCCGUUUUGAAGAACAUUAUGAUGUUGCUGGAGGGCAAAUACAAUGUAGUCUUCCAAGAGAAAACAAUUUAAAUCCGGGUGGAUCAAACAGCCUGGAUCGGGAGACAAACGUCUCUUAUGAUGUCCCAGGGAGUGUCAUUCGGAGAUCUUCCAAAGAGAGACCUAAAAAUAGCAUCCAAGAUAACGCAACGGUCCCAAGUAACGUUAUGCAACAGCCAUCGCAGCGUGACAUACUUCAGAGAGAAGCCUACGAGACUGUUUGGGAUGAUGAAGAUGAUAAUUUGGUUGCGAGGAUUGAUUUGUCAUAAAAAGAAAGACACUGGUGUUGACGUCAUGAUCCUUUGGCCAUAAUGAAAUUAUCUAUAUUCUUUUUUCAGUACCAGAAUGAGAUUGA